AUGGCGGCGCAGACCCUCUCCGCGCUGCCGGACUCGCUCCUGCUCCAGAUUUUGGAGCUGCUGCCGCCACGUGACCGGCUGGGCGGGGCUAGGGUCUGCAGACGCUGGCGUCGGCUGGUGCGAGACAAGCUGCUUUGGAGGCACUUAGACCUGACGCCUUACAAGAUGUCCUCCAAGGUCCUGUGGCACCUCUUGCGGAACUAUCUCCGGGGCAACCUGCGGACGCUGAAGGCGCGGGGCUCCCUCCACUCUGUCCGGAAGCAAAAGGUGUUCACCCCGGCACUGAUGCAAGCCUUGGGCAAGCAGUGCCCCAACCUCCAUCGCCUGUACCUGACCGAGACAGACCUCCGCUCGCUCUCGUACGACUGCAUGCCCCCGUCUCUCGAGACUCUGGAGCUGAGCUGCUGUGAGAUCCCUUCGGCGUGGUUCCAGGGGCCCGGCUCCUCCCAGACCCCCCAGGCCUUCCCCCGGAUCCAGCACCUCAUCAUCCAGAACGUCCCCGCCUUCUCCAACCAGCAUUUGGCAAAUAUCGCGCGCCAGGGCACGCUCAAGACUCUGAUUCUGUCGGAGGCCUACCGGGUGACAGAUGUGGGGAUCCAGGUGGUGGCGCUGCAUCUAGGAGAGCUGGAGUCUCUUGCCCUGCGACAGUGCAGCGUCAGCGAUUCAGCAGCUCGUUUCAUCGGGCGCCACAUGAAGCGCCUGCGCCACUUGGACUUCAGCAUCAGCUCUUCUCUGACGGACGCGGGCCUCCCUUUCUUCGGCGGCUUGGCGAGCUUAGAAGACCUCCAGCUCGAAGGCUCCGGCGGACUCUCCCCAGAGGCCGUCAUGGCCGUUUGCCGGGCACUGCCUCGACUAAAGCGCCUCAACGUAAGCAGUGCGGGAUUCGAUGACCGGACCGCCCACCGGAUCCGGGCAGCUUUGCCAAACUGUGUCGUGACAUGCCCCGCCUCCGGCAGCGAUGCUAAAGCAGAGGCUUAG